CUUGCGAAGCAGCAACGGCGUAUUUGUCACGACGAGAGGGGGCUUUUCGUUUCACGUAAAACAACCAUUCAUUUAUUUUUGUUUUUUGUUGAGUUCAUAUUUACACGAGAUUCCGAUUCAAAUUGUGUUGCUAGUGGUUUAAAACAAGAAAGGACUGUUAUAGAAUCUAUGUAGAAAAUAAAGAUAGGAUCGUUUCUGGCCCUGUGUUUUGGGAUUUUGUCUUUUAUACCUUCCAUCACCACAGGAAGGCGCAGUUGUGUCUAAUGUCGUGGGGAAACAUCAACACCUCUGGCCUCCAUUGAUUUCACCGUUCCCGUCUGUCUCUGGACCCCGCAGUGUUCUCCUAAGGUCGGUUCGUGUAGAGUUGGUUUAGCCUGCGUUCGCUUUUCAUUCUAACAUGUCCGCCAGAGACCAAAUCUGACUGCUUUUUCUCCACAUUUCCCUCCUUCUUGGGGGGUUCUUGGGAAUUAUCCACCAGCCCCAUUGGAUUUGUUGGGAAUAAACAUAGCUAUUUCUUAAGGAAUACACCAUUCAUGUCAAUGCUUCAACAUGCAGCCCCCGCCGAGAAAGGUAAAAGUGACUCAGGAGCUGAAGAAUUCUCACUUAGAGCAGAUGACCAGACUGCACCUCAAACAUCAAACAGAAUGUGACCUGCUGGAGGACAUGAGGACAUACAGUUUGAAGAAGGGCCAGUUGGAGAGGGACUAUGCCCAGGCUCUGCAGAAGCUGGCCAGUCAGUACCUGAAGAGGGAUUGGCCAGGCAUCAAACCUGACGACCAACGCACAGACUACAGGAAUGUGUAUGCUGUGUGGCGGUCCUAUCUGGAGGGGACAGUACAGGUGACUCAGUCUCGCGUCAACGUGUGUGACAACUACAAGAAUGAGAUCUCAGACCCUGCUAAAACUGUACGGCUAUACAAGGAACAGCAGCUCAAAAAGAGUAUAGAACAGUUGAAUCGUAUCCAGGUGGAGCUGCAGGACUCUGUGAAAGACCUGGCCAAAGCCAAGAAGAAAUACUACGACUCAGAACAGGUGGCUCAGGCCGUUCGAGAGAAGGCUGACAUCGAGGCCAAGUCGAAGCUGGGUUUGUUUCAGUCCAGGAUUAGUUUACAGAAAGCCAAUGUUAAGUUGAAAGCCAAGAGGAGUGACUGUAACUCUAAAGCAACACAUGCCAGGAAUGACUACCUGUUAACCCUGGCAGCAGCUAAUGCUCAUCAUGACCGCUACUACCACACAGACCUGCUGCACUGUAUACAGGAGUUGGAUGGAGGGAUAUAUAACCAUGUGAAGGACUAUCUGAUCUCUAUCUGUCAGACAGAGCUGGAGGCCUUUCAGGCCAUACACAACACCUUCCAGUUCCUACUGGACAAAUCCAACAGGGUGGUGCAGGAGUUUAACCAGCAGCUCUUCAUGCAGGAGAACCCUGUGUUUCAUAAAGCACAAGACUUCCAGUUCCAACCCAGUGACUGUGACACGAGUCGUAAGUUGGAGACAGACACGGGGAGCCAGACAGAGGAGCACAGUCUGAACAAGGAGGCCAGGAAAUGGGCCACCAGAAUGGCCCGAGAACACAAGAACAUCACAACCACCACUAAGAGCCUGGAGGAGUGUGAGACACUGGGAGUCCCUCAAACGGAGCAGGGCCGGCUUGAUCUGGAGCUGAAGAUAGAGGAUACCAAAGAGAGCAUCCGCAAGGCUGAGACAGUAAAGCUGAAGGCAGAGGCUCGUCUGGACCUGCUGAGACAGGUGGGCGUUGCCGUGGAUACCUGGCUGAAGAGCGCCAUGAACCAGGUGAUGGAGGAGCUGGAAAAUGAGCGCUGGGCUACAGUAAACUACACUACCCACGAUCCCUCACUCUCGGGCCCGGUUGAUCUGGAGCGCUCGGAGGGAGAGGAGUGUGAGGAGAACAUGGAGGUGUUUGAUGACAGCAGCUCCAGCCCCUCUGGGACUCUCAGGAACUACCCACUCACCUGCAAAGUCCUCUACUCAUACAAGGCGUCUCAGCCAGAUGAGUUGAGUAUAGAGGAGCAUGAGAUGUUGGAGGUGAUAGAGGAUGGAGACAUGGAGGACUGGGUCAAGGCGAGGAACAAGAGGGGGCUGAUUGGCUACGUCCCAGAGAAGUAUCUUCAGUUCCCCACCUCUAACAGCCUACUGAGCAUGCUCCAGUCUCUCUCUGCCCUGGACGCACGAUCACACACCUCCUCCAACUCCACCGAGCCAGAGAUACACACAGGCAGCAUCAACGGAGACGCCAGCUUGAGUUUUGUGAGGGCGUUGUAUGACUACGCGGGCCAGGCGGAUGAGGAGCUGUCAUUCCCAGAGGGGGCUGUCAUCCGUCUACUCAACAGAGACACCCAAACUGACGAUGGCUUCUGGGAGGGAGAGUUUAACGGACGAGUGGGAGUGUUCCCUUCUGUACUGGUGGAGGACCUGACGGAGAGCGGAGAGAAUGGAGCACACACACUUAUCUCUCCAUCUUCGAGGCUGCCCUCCUCCCUGCCACCCCUCCCUCUGUAUGAUCAGCCCCCGUGCAGCCCCUAUGCCACCCCAGACACCCCCACCCCUCCGCCCCUCCCUCGCUCACCCUCUGUCAACGGGGAACACAAGCCGCCUCCCACAACGUACAAGGGACCCACUCACAAUCAUAGUUCUGCUCUGAGUCCAGUGUCUCCAGAGUUCACUCCCGACGGAGGCCCUAGCAAACUACGACCUGUCCGUGCAGCCCCCCGGCCCCCCAAGCAGAAACCUCGCAAAAAAGCAGAGAAGACUGAGGAGGUGGAGAUCACACUGGUGUGACAGGCAGACAGACAGACGGACAGCACAGCACUGCCCUGCAGACCUGAGUGACUGAACUUUGAACUGGGCUUUACCUCUAACCUUUGAACCAUAUAACUCCCCCUUCUCUCCCAACACUGGGAAUAACUCCCCCUUCUCUCCCCCUACCUCCCAACACUGGGACGAACUCCCCCUUCUCUCCCCCAACCUCCCAGCACUGGGACGAACUCCCCCUUCUCUCCCCCCAACCUCCCAGCACUGGGAAGAAACAAGGGAAGGAAGAUGAUUAUGUCUCCUAGCAACAAGGAGUAGCAGCCCCUCCCUGCUCACCCCUCCUCUCCCUCUGUGUCAGACUGUCUGUUGCCUUAACUUUGCUCCCAUCUGGCAGCCAUUUUGAAUGAAAGGAGGAAGAGCGGGAGGAAGAGGAGAAUGAAAAGGAGACAUGUUGAGGAGGAGAGUUGCUAUGAAAGGGAGUUUUAUCUGCUAUGUGAGCUGGGAUUCCCCUGUUCUUGCCAUAUAUAGUCGUAUCAUACGUGUUUAAUGUGGAUUAGUACAGUACAUUACUGUUGUCAUAGGAAUGUUUCAUAUUAGCCUAACCCGCUGAUUGGAGUAUCUAUUUUAUAUGUAGUAGAAGUUGAUUCGUAUGUCAACCUGAAAUAGCAUUGUACAUACAGUUAAAGGGUAUGGAGAGGUGGAGGG